AUGGUCCAUUUCACGCCCUUGAUGAAGCGAGGCAUUUCAAACUCACCCUAUAGCAUCUUUGAUCAGCUGUCGUUUGACGAGACCUGUUUUCCGAACGGAGAAGACGAUAUCGCCUCUCUGGUUUCGAAAAUGGAGAAGGAUUAUCAGCUGUUGUCCCUAACGGACAUUGUCUGGAACCAUACUGCAAAUAAUAGCAAAUGGCUUGAAGAACACCCUGAAGCUGGCUAUAACGUCGAGAAUGCACCAUGGCUCGAGGCAGCAUUGGAGCUGGAUAAUGCUUUGCUAAAAUUUGGCCAAGAUCUAGGCGCUUUGGGCCUGCCAACGGAUUUCAAAACUGUCGACGAUCUACUGUCCGUCAUGAACGUAGUGAAAGAUCGGGUCAUACGUGAAAUACGGCUAUGGGAAUUCUACGUGGUUGAUGUGAAAUCCAACGCUCAGAGAAUCAUAAAGAAAUGGAGAGACUCCGAAAAUAUAGACAUGGGGAGUGAUCAAUGGUUACAAUUCAAUAUUGCAGAUUUCAAACACUGGCCUCUUAAAAAGCAGGCAAGUUUCAUCCGGGAUCAGGCAAUCCCAAAAUCUAAGCAGCUCCUUGGAAGGUUCGAUCGAACAGUCGACGACCACAUUGGUGCUGCUAUCUUGACAGCUCUUUUCGGUUUCAAAGAUCAUGCCGUUCCUGAUGAUUUCGUUGCAAGGACACUAUCGGAGAUACUCGACGAGGUCAACUUGCCAUUUUAUGGAGAAUACGAUGAAGAUGUUUCGGAGAUCAUGAAUCAACUCUUCGACCGUAUAAAAUAUCUUCGACUCGAUGACCACGGCCCAAAACUCGGGCCUAUCACCGAGAAGAGCCCGUUCAUAGAAACAUACUUUACGAGGUUGCCCCUCAAUGAGGUAACCAAAGGAAAUAGCCUCAAGGCGCUUUCCCUGGUAAACAAUGGAUGGAUAUGGAAUGCCGACGCAAUGAGAGACAAUGCUGGUCCAGACUCUAGGGCAUAUUUACGACGGGAGGUGAUUGUUUGGGGUGACUGUGUGAAGCUGAGAUAUGGGUCCUGCCGUGAAGACAAUCCAUUCGUGUGGGAUUUUAUGGCCAAAUACACGCGCCUAAUGGCAAAACACUUUUCAGGUUUUCGUAUCGAUAACUGUCAUUCAACGCCCUUGGUUGUUGCGGAGUAUUUAUUGGAUGAGGCCCGGAAGGUUCGACCCACUCUUAUAGUCUUCGCUGAACUUUUCACGGGCUCUGAAGACGUCGACUACGUAUUCGUCAAGAGACUUGGGAUAAAUGCCCUAAUUCGAGAGGCUAUGCAAGCGUGGAGUACUGGCGAACUGAGCCGGCUGGUUCACCGUCAUGGAGGCCGUCCCAUUGGGAGCUUCAACCUUGAUUUGCCAUCGGGUGGUAGUAGCCAUGCAACCAUCUUCGCAAACUCCGCGAAUUCCAAUCAGAAAAUGUGCCAUAUUCGCCCGUGUCCAGUGCAAGCCCUCUUCAUGGACUGUACUCAUGAUAACGAGAUGCCAUCGCAGAAGCGAACUGCAAGGGAUACACUGCCAAAUGCUGCCCUCGUUUCAAUGUGUGCCUCGGCCAUUGGAAGUGUUAUGGGCUAUGAUGAACUCUACCCCAAUUUAAUAGAUCUGGUUCACGAAACACGAUUAUAUUCAUACAGUGCCUCUGAUUCCUCUGGGUCAGAGUUGCAACCCUUUGAACAAGGCAUUGGUCGUGUAAAACGGAUUUUAAAUGAGCUCCAUACGAAGAUGGGAGUCGACGGAUACGAUGAGACCCAUAUCCAUCAUGACGGCGAAUACAUCACAGUUCACAGAGUGCACCCAAGAACACGGCAGGGUAUUUUCCUAAUAGCUCAUACUUCGUUUCCUGGCCAUGAAGCCCAACCUCCCUUAUCACCGACACGUCUUGCUGGCACCAAGGCAAAACACAUUGGGACAUGGCUCUUGGAGGUGGACGUGAGCGACAGCACCAAGAACAAAGUCAUAGAGGACAAAUUUUAUUUACGGGGACUGCCAAGUAAAAUUCGUGAAAUUGAGGGUGUUGAAAUCAAGGAAGAAGGAAGUGACACAAUCAUCUCCGUAUUGGAUUCAUUCGUGGCUGGGUCUAUUGCAUUGCUCAAAACAUCGAUUCCACAGGUCGAACAUUCUACCGGUCUGGAUAAUUAUAUUGUCGAGGGUGUUGACCGAGCGUUCUCAAGCCUCAGCUUAAUUAACUUGAACUUCGUACUUUAUCGAUGUGAUGCUGAAGAGAACGACUCCAGCGAUGGCCAGGAUGGAGUGUACAAAGUUCCGAACCACGGGCCCUUGGUCUACGCAGGGCUCCAAGGAUGGUGGAGCCUCCUUGAAAACAUCAUCAAAUAUAACGAGUUGGGGCACCCUCUUUGUGACCAUCUACGGCAAGGCAAGUGGGCUCUUGACUAUAUUGUACGGCGAUUGGAGAAAGUCGCGCAGAAAGAGGGGUAUAUCGCUCUGUGUGACAUUGCUCAAUGGCUGCGAGAGAGGUUUGAUGCUGUCCGUAAGCUACCCAGCUUUCUUCUUCCAAGAUAUUUUGCCGCUAUCGUACAAGUUGCCUACAAUGCCGCUUGGAAGAGGGGCAUCGAACUUCUCGGAGACAACAUACAAAAAGGACAGGAGUUUGUUCAUCAGCUGGGCAUGGUUAGUGUGCAACAGAUCGGUUAUGUCAACUCUGCAUCUCUGUGGCCAACAACAAGAGUACCAACUCUUGCAGCAGGGCUGCCGCAUUUUGCUACAGACUGGGCAAGAUGCUGGGGUAGAGAUAUCUUCAUUUCACUUCGGGGGCUACUCUUAUGUACUGGUCGAUAUGAUGAGGCAAAAGAACACAUUCUUGCCUUUGCUAGUGUGCUCAAACAUGGCAUGAUUCCGAACCUUUUAAGCAGCGGGAAGCUUCCACGUUACAACUCUCGAGACUCAGUGUGGUUUUUGUUGCAGGCUAUCCAAGACUAUGCCCAAAUAGUUCCAGAUGGCCUGGAGCUUUUGAAGGAAAGAGUCCCACGGAGGUUUCUGCCGUAUGAUGACACCUGGUUUCCAUUUGAUGAUCCCCGAGCAUAUUCUCAGCAUUCCACAAUUUCUGAGAUUAUCCAGGAGAUAUUUCAACGCCAUUCCAGUAGAAUAUCAUUCCGAGAGUAUAAUGCUGGACCAGGCUUAGACAUGCAAAUGAAGCCGGAAGGGUUUCAAAUAGACGUUGCAGUUGAUUGGGAGACAGGUUUGAUAUUUGGGGGUUGUCAAUUAAAUUGCGGAACUUGGCAAGACAAGAUGGGCGAAAGCGAAAAGGCUGGAAACAAAGGCUGGCCUGGGACACCACGAGAUGGUGCAGCCAUUGAAAUCACAGGCCUUAUCUAUAGUGCUUUGAAGUGGGUUGCAGGUCUGUAUCAACGUGGGCUUUAUCCCUAUGAAAGGGUCCUCAUAGGGGAUGGGAAAUCAAUUACCUUCGAGGAUUGGGCUGCCAAGAUAAAGCGAUGCUUCGAACGGUGCUAUUAUGUUCCGAUCGACCCUAGUGAGGACAGCCAGUACGAGGUCGAUUCCAACAUUGUCAACCGCCGUGGAAUAUACAAGGAUUUGUAUAGAUCCGGGAAACCGUAUGAGGACUACCAACUUCGAUCAAAUUUUCCCAUCGCCAUGACUGUAUCACCAGAUCUAUUUACUCCUUCCAGAGCCUUGGCUGCUCUUGCUCUCGCAGACUCAAUCCUUGUCGGUCCUGUUGGAAUGGCUACCCUCGAUCCGUCUGACAUGAAUUACCAUCCCAACUAUAACAACUCCGAGGAUUCCACUGAUUUUGCAACUUCCAAAGGAAGAAAUUACCACCAAGGGCCCGAGUGGGUUUGGCUACGGGGCUAUUUUCUUCGGGCCUUCCUGUACUUCGACCUGGCUCGCAGGAAGACUCCCGAACAGCGGACGGAGGCCUACCAGCAAGUGACUCGGCGGUUGGAAGGCUGCAAACGAGCUCUUAGAGAAAGUCCAUGGAAAGGCCUUACAGAGCUAACAAAUAAGGGUGGUGCGUAUUGCCAGGACUCGGACCGCACGGACUUGCUAUUACUCGGCAGAAGAUUUAUGAAUACGGGAGAUAUGUCUCUCACCGAAUCUGCUGCCACAGCUGUGCUGUCAUUUGCGGCUUCGGUGAGCGACGCGCCAGGUGGCGGGCAUCGGACACCCAGGUUGGACGACCAAGCGAGAGGCCAGCGCGAUAUAUAUACGCAACUGAUAAUCAGUCUGGCAGUUGGAAUGAGUGCUUUUCUAUCAUUUUGCAUCCUACGACGAAACUGGACGGAACUGUACGCCGCACGUAGACGAAAAUGCACCGCAGCUUCACAUCUACCAGAACUUCCAGAGAGCUUUUUUGGGUGGAUACCAGUACUCUAUAAGAUAACUGAUGAGGAGGUGCUACAGUCUGCGGGUUUGGAUGCAUUGGUUUUCUUAUCCUUUUUCAAAUUCGCUAUCCGACUGUUAUCUGGAGUUUUUAUUGUGGCUUUCGUGGUUAUCCUUCCCGUCCAUUAUAAAUAUGUCGGCAAGUCGGGGAUUCCAGGAUUGGACGGCAACGACGGCGAUUCUGGCGAUGACAACAAGGACAAGAAAAAACUGAUCUUUGAUCCGAAUUAUCAUUGGAUGUAUAUGGUAUUCCCAUACAUGUUCAGUGGGCUAGCCGUCUACCUGCUUUUACAGGAAACAAACAGGAUCAUCAGCAUCAGGCAAAAGUAUCUUGGAAGCCAGACUAGCACCACAGAUCGAACCAUUCGCUUAUCUGGAAUCCCUCCAGAGAUGGGAUCCGAGGAGAAGAUCAGAGAAUUCGUGGAAGGAUUACAAAUUGGAAAGAUUGAAAGCGUCACUCUGUGUCGCGACUGGCGUGAGUUGGACCAUUUGAUCGAUGAGCGGCUCGAUAUACUAUACAGGUUGGAAAGAGCCUGGACAAAACACUUGGGUUCCGAGCAAGUGAAAUCAAACAUGAAUUCUCUGCCCUUCGCAGUGCCGCAGCCACGUAGUUCUAGCUUGAUAUCAGAUGGAGACAGUGAACGGAUCCAACUGCUCUCAGAGAGUGGACGGGCACAUGUGUCUAACUAUGCUUCGAAGCGACCAACUGUUCGCAUCUGGUAUGGACCAUUUAAGUUGCGGUACAAGAACAUCGAUGCGAUCGACUACUAUGAGGAGAAGCUGCGAAUAAUCGACGAGAAUAUCCAUGCUGCACGAGAGAAGGAAUAUCGGCCCACAGAACUUGCAUUUGUGACCAUGGAAUCCAUUGCCGCUUCCCAGAUGGUUGUCCAAACCAUUCUUGAUCCCCAUCCUAUGCGACUUCUUGCUAGACUUGCUCCUGCGCCGGCUGACGUCGUGUGGAAGAAUACAUACCUGCCCCGUUCGAGAAGGAUGAUGCAAUCAUGGUUUAUUACCGGAGUUAUUGGCUUUUUAACUGUCUUCUGGUCUGCGCUAUUGGUUCCUUUCGCGUAUCUUCUGGAUCUGGAGACUCUGCAUAAAGUUUUCCCCCAGUUAGCUGAUAUGCUUUUACGACAUGCUGUGUUGAAGUCGCUUGUCCAGACUAGUCUUCCAACUUUGGUUCUCUCGCUGUUGAAUGUUUCUGUUCCUUACUUGUAUAAUUGGCUGUCAAACCACCAAGGAAUGAUGUCGCGGGCCGAUGUUGAGCUGUCAGUCAUAUCGAAGAAUUUCUUCUUCUCGUUCUUCAACCUUUUCCUUGUUUUCACGGUUUUUGGAACCGCGACGACAUUCAUUGGUUUCUUGGGCAAACUUCGAGGUGUGUUUAAGGACGCUUCCACGAUUGCAUUGGCGCUAGCCCAGACAUUGGAAGGAUUUGCGCCAUUCUACAUCAACCUGAUCAUCCUGCAAGGCGUUGGGCUGUUCCCUUUCCGACUGCUGGAGCUUGGAAGUGUCGUAUUAUAUCCCAUUAAUUUCUUGACCGCGACAACGCCGCGAGACUACGCUGAAUUAUCGACUCCUCCCACUUUCAGCUACGGGUACUCGAUUCCACAAACGAUUCUGAUCCUGAUAAUUUGCGUGGUCUACAGUGUGUUCCCGAGCUCCUGGCUGAUUUGUCUCUUCGGGCUUGUGUACUUUACCGUUGGCCGUUUCAUCUACAAGUAUCAACUGCUGUAUGCGAUGAACCACCAUCCGCAUUCUACUGGGCGCGCCUGGCCGAUGAUUUGCAAUCGGGUCCUAGUCGGAAUGAUGUUCUUUCAGCUGGCAAUGAUCGGGGUUCUGUCUUUGCGCAAAGCCAUCACAUGGUCGCUGCUUCUUGUGCCACUUCUCGGUGCAACCGUGUGGUUUAGCUAUUUCUUUGCAAGGAGCUACGAGCCACUCAUGAAGUUCAUAGCCCUGAAGAGUAUUGACCGCGAUCGCCCAGGAAGUGGGGAUAUCUCUCCUUCGCCGUCUGCAACAUUCUCUCCACCUUCGGGUCUUGAUCGUGAUGUUCUCUCUAUCCGUUUCGGCGGACAGGAGCUGGGCUUGAGGUUGAAGAAAUACGUCAACCCGAGCCUCGUUGUACCUCUUCAUGACGUCUGGCUUCCAGGACACACCGUGACCCGUGAUACCCAGAAUCACGGAUCUCUGAAUAACGGUGUCUAA